UCUAAUAGGCCGCUCCUAGCUUCGGUCAAUUGGGCGCGCGCGACGCUCCUGUUCAGUCGUGAACGAAUUGUCCUGCGCGAAGUUCUAUACAGUGCGGCGAGCAUGGGUGAGCUCUGGCUACGAGCGUGGACUUUACAGUUCGUGGCGCUGACGACUCUGGUGCAUGUGGCGGACGGCUCGCUGCUACCGCUCGAGACGGAGCGCCUACGCGCUAGUGUGGGAGGUUAUGCUGUGAUGAAUUGUCAUCUCGAUUUUCCAUUUGGCAACGAAAUACCAUAUCAUCUACAGUGGGAUAAAGAUGGCGAAACUAUUUUCUCUUGGUACAGCGGCGAAGGAGAGCCGCAAGUGGCAGACCGAUGGGGAGGGCGAGUGCGUCGCGUGGGUGGGCACGGACUCGGCGGUGGCUCCGUCAACGUGAGUGCGGUACGCGAGACCGACGCCGGUCUUUAUCGUUGCCGCGUCACCUUCCCCAAUCGCACUCCACCCGCGCGCAACAAUGGGACGUUCUAUUACUUAGACGUCGACGGUGGUAAUUUAAUUGUUACACCGCCAAUGAACGUAACCGUUCUCGAAGGAGAGCGUGCUGAGCUUGAAUGUCUUCCCAAGAGUCCCGAAUGGGUGGUGCAGUGGUAUCGCGAGGGAAUGCCCAUUGAAGCUUUGCCUGAGCUGGCAUUGCGUUCGGAAUUAGCGAUUAAUGGUAGUUUAGUUCUGCGGCAUACAAUCAGCACAGAUUUGGGCGAGUACGAAUGUCGUAUCAGCGCUCCUGACGGUCAAAUGCAGAGUGCUAGUGGAUUUCUGGAUGUACAGUAUAAAGCAAAAGUUGUUUACUCACCAAAGGAAAGGUUUUUACCAUAUGGAAAAUCAGCAAGUCUGGACUGUCACUUCAGCGCUAAUCCCCCAUUGACGAAUUUGCGCUGGGAAAAGGAUGGAUUUUUAUUUGACCCAUACAACGUACUCGGCGUUUUUUAUAGCCGAAAUGGAAGUCUUCUUUUUAAUCGCGUUGAUGAAUCUCACGAAGGGCUAUAUUCUUGUACGCCGUAUAACUCGUUGGGCUCCGAGGGUCCUUCGGCCGGUGUUCGUGUGCGCGUGCAACGGCCUCCGGCUAUAGCAGCACGUCCGCAACCAUUGUAUCUCGUAAGGCUCGGGGCUACGGUGAAUCUGCCUUGCACUGUAGCUACAGAGCCUUAUUAUGCGUUGCCGUCCAUCCGUUGGGCAAAGAAAGAUGGCAGUGAGCUACCUGAAGGACGGUACUCAUUAAUGGAAGGAAAUCUAACUAUCAAUGACGUGCAAGAAGAGGAUCGUGGUGUAUACAUUUGUACGGUGAGCAACGAGGCAGAUGAGCUCGCGGUGGAGACUGAACUUCUGAUUGAGAACGUGCCUCCUCGCGCUCCUUACAAUCUCACAGCCCUGGCUUCCUUUGAAUCUAUUCAUCUCUCUUGGGUGCCUGGUCACAAUGGUGUCGAUGUGGAGUAUAACGUCUGGUACCGCGAGCGGUCUGAAAGCGAGUGGCGAACUAUGAAGAUCCUGUCCCGUGGCGUUACCGAUGCUACGCUGGUGGGGCUGCGAUCCGCAACCGAUUACGAGCUACGUGUUCUGUCACAGGACUAUAUUGGUGACGGGCUUUUUAGCAAGCCGAUUUUCGUACGAACGCUAGAUCCAGAACUACGGGAGGAUGAAAGCGAAACCAUGUUUGCCGCGGCGGUCACAGAGAGUGCAACGAGUACGGGCGUAUUUAUCGGAACCAGUGGGGCUGUGGCUGGCGAAGGGGGGCCGGGUGAGCUGGCCGUGAAUGUACGUCUCAUCGAGGAAGGCGCCCUCGUGCGGUGGAGUCGCGAACCUAGUGAAAGCGCACGGUGUACGUUGCGCUGGUACGACGCUGGCGAGCCCAUGCAUCGUCUCCUCGCCACUGUUAGCACGCUACAGGAUUAUGUUCUGGUAAGCGAAGUGGAGGAGGGCGCAAGUUACUGGGCUCGCGUGCAGUGCGCGAACGCGCAGGGCGGCGCCGCGCUGCACGUGCCGGAGUACACCCGGCUGCGCGGCGUGGCGGUGGGCUCGGCGGCGGCGGCGCUGCUGCUGGCCGCGCUGGCGGCCGCGCUGUGCCUCGCGCGCCGCCGGCUGCGCCCGCACUCGCACGACAAGCGGACGCGCUGACAGUGGCCGCCGACUCUAGUUCGAAAGUUGACUUUUCAGUGUUAGUUUAAGUAUGUAAUAUAAAUCGACGAUGUUUUCUCUGUGAGAUCGUUAAACGAAACAUAAUAGACUAUGACAUAGCAGAACAUAUUUGAUUUUAAUUUUAAUGAUUUUUAAUAUUGAAAUGUUUGAAUAAUGUUUACAGUUAAUAUUGAAAUAAUUAAAAUCUCUAAUUAACUACAGAAAAUGUAUUAUAAACAUUAAUUUUAUAAGUAAUGCGUUUUUUAAUAUAUAACGGUAUUAAAAAAAGUGUUUUGAGCGAUUGUGAGAUCCGAGCGGUGUUCUUAGCUCAGGAUUGCGUGAGAAACGCUAUCAAUAUUCUCUUCCCUGCACCUCUGUCGUUUUGUCCACCUUAUCUAAUACUGAUAGUAGUGAUAUCUCUUAUAGCUUGGUUUUAAUGACUUUGUAUAAGGGUAAAAGUAUUUUUAUUAUUAUAAUUGGCUAUGAUGCACAUUUCGUUAGUGACUCUUUUAAUUUAGCUUUUAUUGGGCACAUAUACAAAGCUAGUAGGGUCAUGAAAAAACUAUAGGUUAAUGAAACAACUUCUGGAUUGUCCUGUAAUUGUCCACUGAUGUAGCCCUGCCGCGAGCACUUAUCAUCAAAACCGAUAGUGUGUCUGCAGCAGCUUGUUUUGGUUAUAUCUGAUAAAACUAGUGUUGAAAUUGGAAGCGAUUGUACAGAAUUAAAAACUCCUCUCAUUAAGUGCUCUCGGGUUAAAUGAUAAAAUUCAUAGUUCGAGUUAAAUCUACUAAGUUAUUAUUAUAUUUUUGUAAUUAAUCCCUAGUUUUUUUAAAAGAAUAUAUUGAUUUGUUAUUAAAUAAUUCCAAUCACUGCACUGUUGUAUACCAGUAAAUUUAUUUUCACGACUUCGACUAAUUGUAAAAAUAUUUUCUCAACUUUGGGAACAAUAGAGGAAUAAUUAUUAUUUAGUAGUACAUACCUCUAUACAAUUUGUCAAUAACUAAUGACUUUAUUAAUGCUUGGAGAAGAAGAAGCAUACCUGCUACUUAUUUCAGGUGCUGCUUACACGAUACAUAUAUCUAUCUAUAUCCAAAAUGAGAUGAAUAUGUGUUACCGCAAAAAUUAGCUGUUCCUUAUUGGUACAUUCAAAGUUGAUGUAAUUCUCAGUAAUGGUUACUACCAUUGAUGCAGUGAAUUACUUCCGACCUACUCAAUUUCCAGGCAUAAUAUAAAAUAAAUGCUUCUGUACUUAAUUGCUGUCAACUUCGAAGUGAAUUGCUUUUAAGCAAAAUUAACAAAUAAACACGAUGAACGUGUAAUGUAUUCCCUUUUUUAAUUUACUUGGAAUUUCCCGUCACGUGCAUCUUUAGUAGCGAGUCUAUAGAGCCUAAGGAUAAAAUACCCACUGAUUAUUGUCCAGAAGUACUGUCGUACAGAAGCAAACAGCCACUGUGAAUCAAAAAUACUGGUUCUCGAUUGCUUACAUACUAAUAUUUCAGCAUUUUACUAAAGUAUAUUUUUCCUGCAACGUUUGAGGCAAGUCUACGAUCUUAGUUUAUACUUCUUGUAAAGCGAGUUAUUUGUAUUUUUUUGUGGCUCUUAUAAUAUUUUAUAUUUCAAUUG